AUGCGUUGUGCCGGGUUGGCAUUCCUGCUGGCGUUGUUUAUGGUGCCCGAGCCUGUUCCGGCGUGGAGAGCAGACGUCGUGAAAUUAUGGGCGACGGAUUUGGGCGAGGAUCUAUGGAAAUUAAGCGAGUCGCUCACAAAAUCGGAUCAAAUCCGAAUAAAAUACAAACAAAUGAACGCGAGCGUGAAGAAGAAAGAUGGCAAACAAAUUUUGGAAUCGUCGUUGAGAUCUGUCAGUACGAUGCUCACAAGAAAAAUAAACGCUGUCAAGUGCAUACACCGAACAGCGGAGCGGUUGGCGCGCGAAUUCAAUUAUUCGGUCAUAAACGAGCAUUACCCAUUCAAAUACUGCUCGGCUAAAUACUCGGAGUUCUACAAAGAGGGUGAAACAGAGCCCAUCGAACCGAAUGUUGUGCCAAUUUUCGCAAGGAACAAAACGCACUACAUGAAAGUAACGCUGGAGAAGGACUCGCACUUUUACGAUAUAAACGUAAACACGAACCUGAGCUGUGUACAUGUACCUACAAAUAUAUUUUACAAAGAAGAAGAAGCUUUAAAAGCUAUUUUAUGGUCGAAAGAUUUGAACGAUAUUUUUAUAAAUAACUAUAAGUCGGAUCCUUCAUUGUCGUGGCAGUACUUUGGAAGCUCCAGCGGUAUAAUGCGCUUCUAUCCCGGAAUGCCGUGGAAUAUGGAGAAAAUUGAUACGUACGAUUGCAGGGUACAGUCUUGGUACAUCGAAGCGGCAACUUGCUCUAAAGAUGUUAUAAUACUGUUCGACGUGUCGGGUUCAAUGACCGGAUUCAAAAAUUACGUAGCGAGGAGCACCUUAAAGUCUUUAUUAGACACGCUGUCGAAUAACGAUUAUGUUAACGUAUUUACAUUUAAGAAUAAGGUAGCUGAAGUAGUUAAAUGUUUCGAAGGGCUCGUGCAAGCUACUCUAGAGAAUAAAAAGACAAUUACCAACACCUUGGAGCCAACAGAAGACGAGAAGAAACACAAAGUGCCUUUAGAAGGUAACGCCAACCUCACAAUGGCCUAUAUAACUGCAUUUACUACGUUGAAAGAGAAACGACAACACUGCAACGUCACCAGCACCCAGGGAUGCAACCAACUAGUGAUGGUGAUAACGGACUACGUGCCUGGCAACUUGACCGAAGUGUUCGAAGAGUACAACCGAGAGGUGGUUGAUGGGAAGACUUAUAUACCCGUGAGGGUGUUCACCUACUUGAUAGGGAAGGAGGUCACCAACGUACGCGAGAUACAAUGGAUGGCGUGCUUAAACAGGGGGUACUUCGUCCACAUCCAUUCGGUGGAGGAAGUGCAGCAGCAAGUGUUGAAGUACAUCAACGUGAUUGCGCGCCCCAUGAUCCUGGAGGGCAGGGAGCCGCCGCCGACUUGGACUCAUGCCACGAUCGAUUACACGAGAACCAAAGAGUGGAACGUUAGCAUCGAUGCAGACGCUCCUGACGAGGACAAGCUGGUGACGUCCGUAGCUAUUCCGGCAUUCGACUACAAAUACAACGAAGAACACAAUGACGCUAUAUUGCUGGGAGUGGCUGGUACGGAUGUACCGAUCGAUAGUAUAGCGAAGUUGGCGCAGCCCCACCAGCUCGGCGUCAACGGAUAUUCGUUUAUAGUGAGCAAUAAUGGAUAUUUACUCCUGCAUCCGCUGUUAAUUACGUCCAUAAACAGCAUCUUGCAAACGAACUACAACAGUGUGGAUUUCGUGGAAGUGGAACAGGUCGACGAUGGAAAGGGCCCGCGGGAGCUUGGCGAGGAGAUAAAAUCGCUGAGGGAACAUCUUGUUAAUGGAGAUGAAGGCAAGCAGACCGAAGUGAAGGUGUUAUUUCAUUACGACAACAUGAGGCGGAUAGCGCGUGUUAAGCAUGACUAUUUCUUUAACAAGCUUGUGGGGACACCAUUUUCUAUGGGCAUCUCACUACCUGGAGGUUAUGGUGACACUGAGUUGUUACUUAAAGAUAAUCCUCUCGAAGCGAAGCAGGGCCUAGAGGUGACCGGAAUUAACGUCACCAGUUACUUCAAUUUCAGUUACAGGGUACAUCCUGAUUGGGUUUAUUGUAAAUAUCAUUAUCUGGAAGGUCACGAGUCUGAAAAUGCCGAAAUUGAAAUGUUCAAGUUCUUAGUAAAUAUCUCAAAGAACGAGCUUAAUAUUACGAAGACACAAUAUCGCGACGACUUCGAGAGUACUUCAUUUGAUUUCGAAAAGCACUGCGGCGAUGAGAGAGAGCAGCUUGGCAAGGACGAUUACUAUUGCAACGAGGAUCUGGUGAAACAGCUGGUAUUCGACGCCAAGCUCACCACGCCCUAUUUCGCCACGUGGCGUGCCACAGACGAGGAAAGGAAACUAGCUAAUGAGUACAAUGUCAGUGUGCGGUUCAUAGCAACGUCGAGUGGACUUACUCGAUGGCACUACAUCAACGAUGAUUCGAAGAAUGAGAAGGUCACAGAGCAAGGAGAGAAGAGCAGGAGCUUUAGUGGCAAGGUGUUCGGUGACCUUUACCCGAAGGCGAUCGAGGAGACCUGGUACAAAGCGGCCGUGCUGCAGGACCUGAUCAACAAGGAGUCGCUGGUGGUGGCCACCAAGCUGCCAGUUUUGGACACGACCAUCGCCAACACCACCGUAGAGGAUGAGACCGGGGACAUUACCAUCACCGCGACCUACGCCAUAUUCUAUAAGGACGGCAAUUCGGAAACGCCCGCGUCCGUGGUCGGCUUCCAAUUCGUCUACUCCGGUUUCUACAAGAAGUUCUUGGAGAUUACGAACACGACCAGUGAAUUUUCUUGCGAUUCCGACACCUACGACUGCUACGUCAUAGAUAGUUCAGGGUACAUUGUUUUGGCAAGGGCCAAAACCGACGUUGGUAAAUUUUUUGGCGCCGUCCACCCUCACAUAAUCCAAUCGUUUAUAGAAAAGCAUAUUUUUGAACAUGUAGAAGUAUUCAAUUACCAAGCACUUUGUCCAGUGUCUGCUUUGCCCAAUACCGAAAGCAAUGCUUGGAUGUUCGGCACGCCUUUCAACGCAGCAAAGAAUUUUGUUAACUGGCUGAUAACCGAAUUAGCUUUACUCCUGUUUGAUAUUGGUAAUUGGCAGCGAAAUGUUUAUGUUGCCAGUGAAGAGGAAGACACGACGACCCCGCCGCCGCUGGCCAACGACACGGCGAAGACCGCCCAGGUGAACAGCAGCCUGUUCUCGUGCGACCACCGCAUCAGCCUGUACAUACUGAACCAGUCGUAUUUCCUCGACUCGAUGGGGCCGUCGCCGGUGGUGUCGGAGGACGAGGAGGGCGGCUGCCACCCGCCGUACUGGGCGUCGCUGGUGACGAAGACCAACCUGCUGCUGGUGGUGGUCGAGCGGGGCCCGUGGUACUUCGGGGACGGCUGCGAAAGGCCGCCCGACACGCGGCCGGUGGCCACAACGGACUCGACCACGAGCCGCGAGCCCUGCCACAAGCUGGAGUUGGGCCAGCUGCCGCGGCGCCGCCUCGAAGACUGCUUCACAUACCACGAUAAGGAAAGAAACAUAACAGCCUGCGGAUUGGGCAGCAUAGCUUGCGUGAAUCCGCUGGCCUUCACUGUAUCGGCUGCCGCCCUGUUAACCGCCGCAUUACUAAUACAA